GGAAACCUAUUCUGAAACCCUUUCCAUUUCUUAACUAAACAACACAGCAAAAAGCAACAUAUUCAGAGCCAAAAAAUCCGAGACAUGGCUGAUCGAUUUGGCACAAAAGAAGCGUUUGACGGCCUAAGCCGAGAUUCCGCAUAUUACCAGAUUGGUGUUGGUGCGGCAAUUGGUUUCUUCAUCGGUUAUAUUUUCGUUAAGGCCACCAAGACCGUUGCCAUUGCAGUGGGAGGAUCGCUACUGAUAAUGCAGCUGGCACUUCAAUCUGAACUGAUCAAAUUCGAUGCCCUGGCGACGAUACUGUUGCAUGGCAACAAACGCAAUUCCCAAUAUGUCCAUUUUGUACCCACCGUCGCCAAGGCAGAUACUAUACACAUAUUGAUGGAACAGUUGGCCAAGGCCUAUGAUGAAAUUGCUGGCAAUAGACGUCUGUGCGUUGCCAUGAUCGGCGGUUAUUUGUUGGGUUACGGCCUGGCCUAAGCCCAAGCUGAUUAAAUUAUUUAUAUUUUUUAUGUUGUUUCUGUUGAAAUUAAAAUUAUAUAAAUUAAA